AUGUGCGCGGGCCGGCCCGCCGCGGCGCAAAUAAACAUGGAGAUUUGUGCGAUGGCCCGCAGCCACUCGCGACGCCAGAUAAACCAAACUGAUUUGUGUCUAUGUUGGUGGGCGUGGAGCGGCGGCGGCGGCGGCGGCGGCGGCGGCGGCAAGGCCGUGGCAGCAGCGGCAGAAGCAGCAGCAGCAGAGGGGGCGGUUCUGCAGCGAGACGGACAAGGAGCGAGGGGCGAUAGCGGGGCCGGGCUGCUGCCUGACGAACGUGGAAGAAUUGCCGGGGAAAAACGAAAUGGAAGAAAGAAAGCGGAGACAGGCGUGCCGCACGGGAGCUGGCGCGUCAGUGUCAAGUGGCGCAUUUUUGUCGCGGCGCUGCGAGUGUGGCGGCGCCGGCCUAGGGGUGGAGAGGCGCAACAGGUGCCGGCAGCGGGCUGGGCCGCGCCGCGGCGCGCUCCGUGUGUCCCGGCUGUUUCUUUGGCUCUUUUUGGGGGGCGGCGGCGCGGCGUGGCCUCGCCGCCCCCGCCGCUGAAUGAAUCGGGCUCCGCAGCUGGGGAGGCCGCGGCGCGGGGAGAAAAAUUGAGCGCGUCGACCCCGGGAGCCGGCGAGCAGAACAACGGCAGUGCGCCACAAAGGGUUCCUCCGGAGUUCGUCACUCUCCUCCUGCAGACGACGACGGAGACGACGACCGCGCUCGCAGGUGGCGGAGAGCGCGGGUUUUUCUGGACGCACCGCGGCGGAAGGCGUCGUAAUGGAGCCGCCUUUCAGGCGCGCAUCACGGCUGACGCCCGGGCCCGUAAUUCCGGGACAACAUUCAUCUUGCCACCUGUUGGAUGCGGCGGCGGCGGCGGCGGCGGCGGUGGCGGCGGCGGCGGAGGCGGCGUCGCCUCUGGCACCCGUGUGGCACGAGCUACAUUUCUGAAGAAAUAUUUCUGGACGCGCCGGCGCUGGCGGGCGCCCACGAUUGAUGACCCGGACAUUGAUGGAAGGGCGCAGGCGCCGUGA